CACACACACACACACACACACACACAUAUAUAUAUAUAUAUAUAUAUAUAUAUAUAUAUAUAUAUAUAUAUAUAUAUAUAUAUAUAUAGUUAUAAUGAUGCAUCAUCCGUACAAACCAGUGUUACCAAGCUGACCUUGUGGGAGUUAAAGGUAAAAAAAUAUGAUGAACAGAUCCUGUGGAUAUAUUUUACUUUCACAUUACUCACAAUAUAGAUGUAUUUGUGAACGUACAUGUAUUGGACCAAACAACAAUCAAUAAACGUUGUUAUCUAGAUGAGUAUCAUGCAGCUGGACUGACAAUAUUUCUUAGGAAACUACCCUUCCAAGGCAGGCUCGUGCCUCGAACGGAGCGAAGCGGAGUCAGUCGAGGAUUGCCGAUUGGGAAGAGAAUAUCGCGCUUGCGUUCUAGGACAGAUAGUACCUGCAAUGGAGAUCGGAAAAUAAACCGAAGUAUAAAUUAAGAAGGAUGGUUUAUUCUUUCUUCUUCCUGUUGGUCGUUGGGGCUACAUUUUGCUCUGUGUUUGCGGCAAAUAUUGAACGUUGGGUUACAACUAUUGCUACACUGAUAACACCAACUCAACCGACAGAGUCGGAUGAACAGGAUGGCAACGUAAUACAGAAGAAAGCUGGAUUUAGAUCAGACUCUGGAUUGCACUUAGUUGGAAAUGAACCGAAGGUCAACGAGACAUCAGCUUCAAAACAGACUGAAAGCGCAUCUGCGAACAAAUCCAACAUCAACAAGAAUCUUACAACUGGCAACGAGAUGUCUGUUACCGGAGAAAAUUCUAGUGACACAGGAAAAUAUGCUAUUUUUGUAGCAACAGUACUUCUUUAUGUUUCAGUGCCCAUUAUUUUAAUCAUAAAACUAUAUACAAUGGCUUAUCACGUCUACCAGGGUUGCAGCUGGGUCCAGGGGACACUGUCUAGUCCCGUCCUCAACUCCUCAAUAGCAGCUGCUGCUGUCACUGUCUCUGGCAGACGAUUCCAAUCUCUUACCGAAUGUGGGAAGAAGGAAUUCUUACAAACCUCCUUGUCUGCCAUUUGCAAGAAAAAUAGAGGAAUGUCCUUUGAUAAUGUUAAAAUAUAA